ACGUGCAUAAUAACAGACAACGCUUCAAAUAUGGUCAAAGCAAUGGGACUUAACCAAUGGACCAGACUGCAGUGCUUCGGACACAGGCUGCAUCUUGCAAUUGGUAAGUACAAGAAUGUGUGUUUGUGCGAGUGUGUAUGUUUACAAGGUUACUACAAGUGUGAGAGUUCGUAUUAUCUGGGGACGAAGCGCCGAGAAGUUUGUUGUCAAGCUGUCGUUAGCUGACCAACUGUUAGCGCAAUGCUACUUUAACAUACUGUUUAUCCUAGGGAGAAAAAUGAACCCUUUCAUCGAAAAUGCUGUCAAAGAUGAGCAAAGAAUCAAACGGGCCACAGGACUUUGCAAGCAGCUGGUUGCGGUCUUCACUCACAGCUGGAAGAAGAAGGCGGCACUAAAACAGGCACAGCAAGACUUGAACCUACCUCAACAGUCACUGGUCACUGAAUGUCCGACACGAUGGGGCUCCCGGCAGAAAAUGAUUGGGAGGGUGUUGGAGCAGAGCAAGGCACUGUGCCAGGUUCUGUCUGAAGACAGGAAGACGCGGCACCUGGUCCUCACUUGGCAAGACACAGAUGUCCUUGAAUCUGUAAACAAUGACCUCGGUCCUCUUCAGGAGUUCACAGACGCCCUCUCAGGUGAGGACUACGUAAGCGUGUCAUACCUGAAGCCAGUGCUCCAUCUCCUCAGAACAGCAACGCUUGCUGAAACUGACCAGGACACGAAUCUCACCAAGGAGAUCAAAUCAAGAGCUCUCCACUACAUUGAAGAGAAAUACAGCGACCCAGUGACACAGGAGCUCUUGGACAUCACAUCCUUCCUUGAUCCAAGAUUCAAGAAGAGCUACAUAAGUGAAGAGAAUGUCCCAUACAUCAAAGACAGAGUGAAGAUGGAAAUGGAACAGGUGGCACAAAAGGAGCAGAGGGCUUGUGUCACAACCCAUCCCAUGCCCCUGAGUGCAGAAGAAGAACCACCAUCCACCUCUACAAAGCGAAAGCGGUCACUGGGCAGCUUUUUCAAGACCAAGGCGGUCCCUGCUUCCUCUACUGUGCAGUUGGAGGAUACCAUUAAAGCAGAACUGGACAACUACCUCAUAACUCCUACCAUUGAUGGAGAGCAAGAUCCACUGGCCUGGUGGAGAGUGCACAAUGUCAACUUCCCAUGGCUUAGCAAGUUGGCUCGUAAGUACCUUUGCAUACCAGCAAUGAGUGCACCAUCAGAGAGACUGUUCAGUGCCAGUGGCAAUAUUGUCACAUGUCAGCGUGCAAGUCUGAAGCCAGCAAAGGUUGACAUGUUGGUUUUCUUGGCCAAAAAUCUCUGAAGGGAUGAAGGGGAAGAUUUAUUGAUUUUUGUUGUUGUUCUUCUGCACCUUACCCUGACAUGUCUUUGUUCCAUUAAAAAAGGUGUUCACUCUUUUUUACUUAUCUUUUGUUUACAGACUAGAUGUUAAAUAAUGUAACCAGUUGGACAUCUUUUGUUGAUGAGGAAAAUGUAUUUUUUAA